AAGCGCGGGAAACCGUUUUCCCUUUGUAUCCCGUUCCUACUGAUUUAGGGCAACAGGUUCCAACUCUAAAUUCUUUUCCCCCUUGCUGCAAACCUAACGAUCGGAGACGAAGCGGAAGGCCAUUUAAUGGACCUCGAUGCCUUUGAGUCGCUGGCGGAAGACGGGGAAGGCGAGGAGCAGGAAGAGUUCGGGUUCUCCAGGAAUUAUUUUCUUGCAAGAGAUAUUGCUGACGAGCAGGUUUUAAGAGCAGCAGCAUCGGAAAUAAGUCCGAAAAAUGAGGCAGGGAUUGCGGCUCUGCUGAGGAGUUACAAGGGCCAGUAUUCCCAGUGGCUUUUUGAGCUGAGGUGUGGGUUUGGCCUCUUGAUGUUUGGAUUUGGUUCGAAGAAAGCCUUGCUUGGUUCGAAGAAAGUCUUGUUUGAAGAUUUUGCUUCUGCAGCAUUAACUGAUUAUGAUGUGGUUGUCAUCAAUGGUUAUCUUCCCUCAAUUAACCUUAAGCAGGUCAUGGUUACCAUUGCUGAACUUCUCGAGGAGAAACAAAAAGGCAGGCGAAAGGCUUCAACAGGAAACAGGCAAAGAACCCAACAGCAAUUUAACACAUAUCCAAUAGAUGAUCUGUUAAUAUAUCUUAAUGAUGAAGUAGCGGAUGUGAAAGAUUCAUUUGUAGGUCUUGUGAUUCACAAUAUAGAUGGACCUGCCUUGAGGGAUUCAGAAUCGCAGCAAUAUCUUGCGCGCUUGGCAUGCUGUUUUAAUGUUUUUGUCAUCGCUUCUAUCGACCACGUCAAUGCACCUUUGUUAUGGGACAAGAAGAUGGUUCACACACAGUUCAAUUGGUGCUGGCACCAUGUUCCCACCUUCACACCUUACAAGGCUGAAGGCGUAUUCUUUCCUCUAAUACUCACUUCUGGCAGUGCCGUCCAAUGUGCACGAACAGCCACAAUUGUCUUGCAGAGUUUGACCCCAAAUGCACAAAGUGUCUAUAAAGUUCUUGCAGAGUAUCAGUUAGCUAAUGAGAAAGAGGAAGGUAAGCUUCUUCCAUCCGAAUGCGUUAACACUCUUUAUACCAAAUGUCGUGAACGUUUUCUGGUUAGCAGCCAGGUUACACUCAAUUCACACCUUACAGAGUUUAGAGAUCAUGGAUUGGUGAAGACCAGGAAGCACUCUGAUGGCCAGGAUUGCCUCUAUAUUCCACUUUCCUCUGAAGCGCUGCAGAAGUUGUUAUCAGAUUUGGGUUAAAUCCAUGCUCCUGGAAAUGGCUUCUCAUCAGUGAUUUCUUUCUGGGGGAUCAACGGACCUAAAACAUCUAAGCCCUUCAACAAACAGUAGCGGCAACAUUGGAGAGGAAUAAAGGAAACAGAGGAGAGUUUAGAGACAGGUAAAGUCUAAACUUGAGAGAGAGACAGAGAUCUUGAGCUCUUUUUAAUAGUAAAUCAGAGUCUCUCUUAGACGUUCUCUUGAGUGUUAAGUAUUCAUAAGGAGCCUGCGCUUUUAGGAGAUUGUUUGUACUCAAAUUAUUUAUUUAAUUUGAUUUGAAAAUCUUUGAUGAUAUAUGAUCUCACAUGAGCAUU